AUGGCUCUCACCAACCUGGCUAUUAUCGUGAUCAUGGUUGUCUGCUGCUUGGCAGUCACGGCUCUCGGAGCAGGGCUGGCCUCCUUUUAUUCCCCGCCCGAGGAGGGCAAAUCAGUGUAUGAAGCCUCCGCCGAACAACAACAGUAUAUGCGAUCAGUACGGUUACGGGCACUGCAAAACCUCGAGGCUACCCUGAGACCAGCAUCUCAUGCAUGA